AUGAUAGUCGCCAUGGCGACCCCGAAGCGGCACGUGUGCCUCGUCGCAAUGCUGGUCGUGCUCGCAGUGCUGUCCAGCCACCUCCACGGAGUCGUUAGCGUCGUCAUGCAGGCAGAUCAAGCGGCGGCCCUGCUGAGCAUCAAGUCAGCCAUGGGCCUCACCUACACCACGUGGGCCGCCACCAAUCCCUGCCGUCUUGAGGGCGCCGCUGGUGCCACUGGCGAUUGGGAGCGCGUGAGCUGCACCGCCGGCGGCCUCGCCUAUAUGAUAAACCUGGACGCGGCGAAACUCGUGCGCAAGAGCUUCCCUUCAGACAUCUCCAAGCUCACGGGUCUUGGUGUCGUGUGGAUGCCGUGGAACUUCCUGGACGGCAGCCUCGCCAACUACCUCACCUACUUCUCCACGCUCACCAACUUGAACACCUUGGCCAUGCAGUACAUGUUCUUCUCGGGGUCAUUCCCCAGCCUGCUCACCACCCUGCCCAGCCUCACCAGUGUGUCACUCCGCUUCAACUACCUCACGGGCUCGAUCCCAGCGACCAUCACCAAGAUCAAGUCCCUAGACCUCAACCGGAACUUCCUGGUGGGCUCGGUUCCCACCGGCACCUGGUCCUACUGCGAUGUCACCAACAACUGCCUCACCAGCGUGGGCAACUGCAAUAGCCAGGGCGUGUGGCAGAGAAGCUCGUGUGGAAUCUGCGGCAGCACUGAUGGCACUGGCACGCUGUGCGCAGCGGGGCAAGUGUGUGCGCCGAACGCGGAUGCCAAGAUUGCGGCAAGCCAGAACAACUACCCGGACGAGUUGCCGCCGGCGUGCCUUUCCCAGACUAUGAACUUCGCAGACGUAUACGCAACAAUCCCCGUGCUGCUUUCUGCCCCGCCACCCUCUCCCUCCACCCCUGUAGCUGCCGCCGUCCCUCUGUCCUCCUCUUAUGAAUAA